GGGAGCCGGCGCGGCGGGGCCUGACGGGGCGGCGGGAGCGGAGCGGCGGAUUUAUGUGCUGGGAGCGGGGCCGGGCCGGGCGGCUGGAGCGGCGGCGGCGGGCGGGGCCGGCUCGGACACCAUGGGUGUGAUAGGUGUACAGUUGGUGGUUACCAUGGUAAUGGCUAGUGUCAUACAGAAGAUCAUACCUCACUAUUCUCUUGCUCGUUGGCUUCUCUGUAGUGGCAGUUUACGGUGGUAUCAGCAUCCUACUGAAGAAGAACUACGGAUUCUUGCAGGGAAACAAAGAGGGAAGAGCAAAAAAGAUAGAAAAUAUAAUGGUCAUAUUGAAAACAAACCCUUAACCAUUCCAAAAGACAUCGAUCUUCAUCUGGAAACAAAAUCUGUCACUGAAAGGGACACCAUUGCAUUGCAUUAUUUUCCGGAAUAUCAGUGGUUGGUGGAUUUCACUGUUGCAGCUACAAUUGUGUAUGUGGUGACGGAAGCUUAUUACGGUAUUAUGAAGCCCUCACAAGAAAUGAAUAUCAGCGUAGUGUGGUGUCUGCUUGUCUUGGCUUUCGCAGUUAAGGUACUAUUUUCAUUGACUACCCAUUAUUUCAAAGUAGAGGAUGGAGGUGAAAGAUCAGUCUGUGUUACCUUUGGAUUUUUCUUCUUUGUAAAAGCAAUGGCAAUUCUCAUUGUGACAGAAAACUAUCUGGAGUUUGGACUGGAAUCAGGCUUCUCAAAUUUCUCAGAAAGCGCUAUGAAGUUUCUUGAAAAGCAGGGUUUGGAAUCCCAGGGUCCUGUGUCUAAACUAACCUUCAAAUUGUUCCUGGCUGUUCUGUGUUCACUUAUUGGUGCUUUUUUGACAUUCCCUGGCUUGCGACUGGCUCAAAUGCAUCUGGAUGCUCUGAAUUUAGCAACAGAAAAAAUAACACAAACAUUGCUACAUAUAAACUUCUUGGCACCUUUAUUUAUGGUUCUACUGUGGGUAAAGCCAAUCACUAAGGACUACAUUAUGAACCCACCUUUGGGCAAAGAGAGCGUCCCUUUAAUGUCAGAAGAUACAUUUGACACCAUGAGGUUGUGGAUUAUAAUCCUGUUGUGUGCUUUACGGUUGGCUAUGAUGCGUCAUCAUUUACAGGCCUAUCUGAAUUUAGCCCAGAAAAGUGUGGAUCAGAUGAAAAAGGAAGCUGGCAGAAUAAGUAUGGUUGAUUUACAGAAAAUGGUGGCUCGGGUAUUCUAUUAUCUUUGUGUAAUUGCACUGCAGUAUGUUGCACCAUUGGUAAUGCUCCUUCACACAACUCUGCUCUUGAAAACACUAGGUAACUAUUCUUGGGUCAUCUACCCAGAAUUGAAUUCUGACACUCCGGUAGAAAACAGUCUGCUUCCCAGUUCAGUUUAUUCUGAGUCUCCACCUGCUGAUGGAAAGAUGAAGGUAACUGUAGUACAAAUAACAAUGGCUUUGGGAAGCCUAAAGAAUAUUUUCACUCCUCUCCUGUUCCGGGGACUCCUGUCUUUCCUCACCUGGUGGAUUGCUGCUUGCCUCUUUUCUACAAGCCUUUUUGGGCUUUUCUAUCACCAGUACCUGACUGUGGCAUGAACAGGUCAACUGACACAGCAAACGUGAGGUCAAAUACUAGAUACAAACCCAGGUACCCAAGAGGAGAUGAAGAGAAAAGAAGAAAACUACGUAUGAAGAGAAAACAUAUCAGAUUUUUUUUUAAACACUUCCUCUGUGUUCUCAGGGUGAAUAUUCUUACAAUGUUUAAAAUCACAACUGGGUUUGGUUUUUUUUGUUACCCAAAUGGUAGGUAACUAAUUGAAUUAUAGUAUUGAGACUGACGUUAUCGUGUCACACAUGGUGGUGAGCGUGCUGAAAAGAUAUGACCUCUGAGGAUCUUGGUUUCCAUAAACAGCAAGCCAACCUCAAAACUUUGUGUUUUAAGCAUCAAAAGUCAGUGACUGAACUGUAUUAGAAGGGUACUGGUUAUAGUGAUAGUGGCCGCCUAUCAAUUAAAUCUUGAAACUGAGCCAUACAAUGGAAGGAGAUAGGGGAUUUAAAAAAAAAAUUCUGUUGGAUAGCUAUCGAUCACUUUUCUCCACGAAAAAUGAAAUAAUCCAACAGGACAAAAGAGAUACUGUAUAUUACAGUAAGGAAAGUUGUAUAAAAUUUAACAGGAACAGAUGUAUGGACCUGACAGGUAUUGCUGCCUAAAUAUUUUGCAGGAAUACUUGUGCAGCAAGAGGAGAGUUAUAAAAAAAAUACAUUAUUUCGGUCCCUGCAGUCAUUUUGAAGUAAUGGCCAUCCAUAUGGUGCUAAUAUUGAUCCACAGAUUCCAUUUGGAUCUUUUAAAUUUCUUAUUUUCAGGUAAUAGAUAAAUUCCAUUGAAUUCACAAAAUAAUAGAAGAUUAGCAACACCAAUCAGACGUUUCAAAACAAAACAGUUUAAUCCUGCUGACUGAGAGUGUAUGUAUCUGUGUAAUGUACAUAUAAAUAUAUAUUAUAUAUUAAAUAUAUAAUAUAUAUGAAGUUAUAUUAAAUCUUUAUUUUAAAUUACUGAAUGUAUCUUGCAGGGCUGUGGGAGACGGAUGUAUGUGUAUCUAGUAAUUUCAAGAUCCCUUUUGAAAUGAAAAUUAAAUUUUUUUGAAAGUUCA